CGCUGGGAGAAGCCAGUCACAACAGAGCCGCCAGACCCGAUGCGAGUCCACCAUUGAAAUAAGCCUCUUUCUCGGCCGCGCAAUCCACCGCCGCAUCAUUACCUCGACGAAUCACGGCUCUGAAUUAUCAGCCACCAAUCCACCAUUUGCCAAGUAACUCCAUCCAGUGCAGAGAGUCGAUCCCCGGCCGGAACACGAUUAACCACUUCACCGUCCGGCGGGCCGGGGCCGGGAAGAAGGUAGAGUAGAAUCCCUCCGACGAGGCGACUAUGGCGUUCGGCGAAGGCGGCGGCGACGCCUCGGCCCCUCUCAUCUCUUCCGACGGCUCGAAGAUCGUCAGAAACGGGAACGAGUGGACGGCGUCGGCGCACGUGAUCACGGCGGUGAUCGGGUCCGGGGUGCUGUCGCUGGCGUGGAGCAUGGCGCAGCUGGGGUGGGUGGCCGGGCCGGCCACCAUGGUGGUGUUCGCCUCCGUCACGGCGCUGCAGUCCACCAUCUUCGCCGACUGCUACCGCUCGCCGGACCCGGAGCACGGCCCGCACCGCAACCGCACCUACGCCAACGCCGUCGAGCGCAACCUAGGUAGCAGCAGCGCGUGGGUGUGCCAGUUGUUGCAGCAAACGGCACUGUUCGGCUACGGGAUCGCCUACACCAUCACUGCCUCCACCAGCUUCAGGGCGAUUCUCAAGGCCAACUGCUACCACGCGCGCGGGCACCAGGCUCCGUGCACCUACGACGGCAGCUACUACAUGCUCAUGUUCGGCGGCAUGCAGCUCCUCCUCUCCUUCAUACCGGACUUCCACGACAUGGCAUGGCUCUCCGUCGUCGCCGCCAUCAUGUCCUUCUCCUACGCCUUCAUCGGCCUCGGGCUUGGCCUCGCCAACACCAUCUCUAAUGGUGUUAUCAAAGGAAGCAUAACGGGUGUGCCUAUGAAAACCCCUGUCGCCAAGGUAUGGCGCGUCUCGCAGGCCAUCGGCGACAUCGCGUUCGCGUACCCGUACUCCUUGAUCCUCCUUGAAAUUCAGGACACCUUGAAAUCGCCACCGGCCGAGAACAAGACGAUGAAGAAGGCGUCCAUCAUCUCGAUCAUGGUCACCACCUUCUUCUACCUCUGCUGCGGCUGCUUCGGCUACGCCGCCUUCGGGAGCGACGCGCCGGGCAACCUCCUCACCGGCUUCGGUUUCUACGAGCCCUACUGGCUCAUCGACUUCGCCAACGCCUGCAUCAUCAUCCACCUCCUGGGUGGCUACCAGGUGUACAGCCAGCCGAUCUACCAGUUUGCGGACAGGUACUUCGCGGAGCGGUACCCGGGGAGCGGCUUCGUCAACGACUUCCACACCCUGAAGCUGCCGCUGCUGCCGCCGCUCCGGGUGAACCUCCUGCGCGUCUGCUUCCGGACGCUGUACGUGGCGAGCACCACCGCCGUGGCGCUCUUUGUCCCCUACUUCAACGAGGUGCUGGCGCUGCUCGGCGCGCUCAACUUCUGGCCGCUCGCCAUCUACUUCCCCGUCGAGAUGUACUUCAUCCAGCGGAAGGUGCCCCGCUGGUCCACGCGCUGGGUCGUCCUCCAGGGCUUCAGCGCCCUCUGCCUCCUCGUCAGCGCCUUCGCGCUCGUCGGCUCCGUCCAGGGCGUCAUCAGCCAGAAGCUAGGCUAGUAUAUGUACAUUCAGGAGAUAUUCUUCUUCAUAUAUUUGGAAAAUAGUUAGAUUGCUUUCUAGUGUAACUGUGAUGGAGGACGUCACUACUGUGUAUGUGAUUGGAGAGCAUUAGUUUUCUCCCUCCGUGGUGUGGCGAUGAACAACGGAGUACAUAGAGGCAUGUUGUUGUAUUCUUGCACAGCAGGAUCGAUCGGGGAAUGGCACACCGUUUUCAGUGCCUUCCUUCUGGCUCCUGCAUUGGACUGAAGCAUGUACUGCACAUUAUGUCAGAUUGCCAGAUUACUUGAUUUC